UCUCGCUGAUGCUGCCCUGCCUCACCCACUCAACAGGGCCCUGGCAUAAAUGCCACAGUCUAACCCAGUGGGAUAAGAAUGGUGGAACUGCAGAAAACUAUGGUAUUCUACAUUAAUGGUCCAAACCACUCCAUCUUACAAUAGUUCUAGUGCAGUAUUUUGGGUGGGUAUUACUCAUACAAGGGAGUGUUUAAAUAGGGGAAAGCUGUUUUCACUGAGAUUUUUAACAAAUCAUGAAAUCAUUUUGAUUCAAUAAUUUAACAGGUUUUAUACACCAAGUUCAUAGAUUCCCCUUAACACAGAACAAUGACUGUAGAUUGUUUCCCUAUAAAAUCAAUGAGCAGGCUGAUACCGCGAGAUGUUUAGGUCCCUAUCCGGAAAAUGAGAUUUUAUUCUAGCAGUCGCCUCGAGAUUCUAUACAGCAUCUGCAGAAGUGGGAGAAUUUCUCAUUUUAACCUAAUUGGGACCAGAUGUUUUAACCACUUACUAGAAUCUCAGUGUGGCUUUCUAUUGAGGGUGCUCAUAAAGUCAUAGAGUUUAAGACUACCAGAUCAUCUAGUCUGACCUCCUGCAUAUCACAGGCCAUCAGCACCCCCAAACUAAAUCCAGCAAUCAGAACUAGACGCAAGUAUCACAGCCGACAGGAGACUGGACUAUUAUGUGUCACAAGCAGAGAAUAGGAGGAACUGAGGUGACCCACACCAGAAAUUCAAUAAAGCAUUCAAUGGCCAUGUAUUGCUAAACCGGAUGAGGACCAAGGAGCCAUAGAUACAAAGAUUCCAGUGAGUCGACCUCAUGAGGCAGACACGGCGUUAUUAAUUCUUUUCCUGAUUUGCUGCAUGAAGUUAUGAGAGAAGUGACAUGAAGAGAGGCCCAGUGCUGUUUUUUGCUCUAUUUCUUGUCCCCAAGGUCCGAGGUGCUGCUCCAAACCCAAUGGAAUGCCAGGAGAGUGAGUAUCUGGACGAGCACAGGAAGUGCGUUCCUUGCAGGGAGUGUGGCCCAGGAUGGGAGCUUUCCAAGGAGUGUGGCUAUGGUGAAGGAAGGGAUGCGCAGUGCACUGCUUGCCCUCCCAGGAGGUUUAAGGACAGCUGGGGGUUCCAUGGUUGCAAAACUUGUCUUUCCUGCCCCCUCAUCAACCGUGUCCAGAAAUCCAACUGCACUGCCACUUCCAAUGCAGCCUGUGGGGAAUGUCUUCCAGGGUUUUACAGUAAAACCCGGAUUGGCGGGCUGCAGGAUCUGGAAUGCAUCCCCUGCACAAAGCAGACUCCUUCCUCUGAGCCUCAGUGCAGCUCCAGGACUACCCUGGUGAAGGUAGUGAUCCCCACAGUACCUCCCCAGGACACCGCCCUCCUAGUGCUAACCAGCAGUGCGCUAGUCAUCAUUGUGUUGGUGCUGCUGGCACUCGCCAUCAUCUGCUGCAAGCGCUUCUGGAAGAGCCAGUGUCAGCAAGUGUUUCUGAGGACCCAGAGUUUCUCGGCCCAGAGGGUGAUGUUCCGGGACUCAGCCAUGCCAAGCAGGUUUCCCUGUGAGGAACAGAUGUCUAGUCCCUGCUGCUUGGGUGUGAAGAACCUGAGCCCUUGCUCCGGGCAAGCAGAAGGUCCCGUUGAACCGGUUCAGUUCAUUUCGAAUGGUGAAGCCAUAGGCCUGCAGAUCCCUGCUCUCCAGCCCAAUUUGGAAGCGAUUGCUGUCAGCCCCAAUCCCAAAUCCCAGCUGGCGAGGAGCGUCUUGGAGACCCAACCCCUGAUAAGGAAUUCAGGGUCCAGCGACUGUUCUGCAGGGGGCCCGUCAUCCUCAGAUGCCAGGCAGGGCACAGCUGGGUUCACAGAGGCCCAAACUCCCCUCUCAUCAUGUGCCUCAGAGAUGCAUCCUAGGUGGCCCCAUGCCCCAGUGGAGUGCACGGAGCUAGACCUGCAGAAGUUUUCCACCCAGGCCGAGUUCAUGAGCACCAAAAGCCAGGAGGAUGCAGAGAAGCAGGCGGCUCAGAGGACCUGGAGACAUACAGAUGAGCUAACCCUUGAAGUUCCCCUGUUUGGUGCCUCUCUGAUAACACAAAGUGAACUUGUUCUGGAGCCUGUCAGGGGAUCAUCCUCAUCCUUCCAAAUUCCCACUGCUGAAGGCAGGGAGCAGCCUCAGGUGAAUGAUGUCCUGAGCCUUGUGUGUGAGAUUAGCAGCGUCACACAAGGUCUCCCCAUAAUACAGCUCCCCCACUCCUUGGUGCUGUUACUUGGCUUCCAGUUGGACCCUUGCUUGUCUGGUCUCAAGAAUUUCAGCCACGUGGGGGUGGAGCUGGGGGUCCCAUCCCAUCUGGUGAGCAGGAUGUCUGGAUUCAAGCAGCUCGUCGCUCACCUUGCCUCCUCAGGAGACACAGUCACUGUUCCUGCCCUGGCCCAGGUCCUACAGCGACUCCAGCGCUUCGAUGCCUUGCUCCUACUCUGCGAUCAUUUCAUUCUGAGCCGGGCCCAGGGCUGCCAACACUAGGAGAAACACACGUCACUGCCUCAGCACAUAGAGGGAGGGGUACCUCCAGGCAUAGUUUUGGCUGGGUGAACCUGGGUUGUGUGGAGAUGGCCUUUGAAUGUUGGGGGGUAGAAUCACAGUAGAAUGAUGAGUCUGUGAGUGCUCACUGAGUAAACUUCUCUCAACCACUGCUUGAGCCCUACCUCGUGCUGGUGAUGGUUGGCAGAUGCAUGUGGUACCUCUAAACACCACCUUUCUUCAUACGUGUUUAUAUUGAUGCCCAGAGACCUCGUGGCCCUCUUGGUCACCAUGCAUGGUUACAGGGCCAUUUGCCUCCAUUGGCAGGACAGGACCCUCGAAGCACACAGUGUUUCCUUGAAUCACAUCUCAGCUGUAAUGAUUGAACUCAUUGUGUGAGGGACUGGAUGGGGGGUAUGAAAAUAUCCCCCAACUCUAAGAGGGAGCUCAGAGGGUCUGGACCCUCUGUGUUGGAUUUAUCCCCCUCAGCUGAUUGUAUCUUCCUCUUAGAGGCCUGAUCAUCAUUUGUUCUUCCCCCCCACUUUUUAGAGGUGGCCUUCUCCAUUUGGCAGACGUAUUUUGCUGGUUUUCUGCUCAGCUUUCUGAGGAGAAGCUGUGGCUGCCUUUUUGUUUACUUCUCCUUUUGUGCGCCGAUGAGGGGACCUGUUCUUGGAGAAGGGUUGUUUAGCUGCCACUCCUUUUUUUUUUUUUGCUGGGCAGGAGGGACUCAUGCGCUGAAUUUCUGUGUGCCAUACCAGAAUAGCAGUGUGUUUAAUUGUAUUUCCUGGAUGUGGAAUGGUACACUUUUCAUAAAGGGAUAUUUCGAAUUGAGA